AUGCGGGAGGCCUAUGAGCGACAAUUGAUCCUGGACCCUGAAAGCUUGACGACCACAGAUGGGCCAUUGGCUGAAUGCAUUCCAAGUGCACCUCCAGACACGGGGGCUGCACAAGCAGCACAAGCGCUAACGAGUCAAUUGAUGGUCAUCCGUUUCGAUGGAAAAGUGGCCAACAUUUCUGUUGUAGCUUCACAGACUUGGUUGGACAUUGGUCACCAAGCAGCCAGCCGUUUUGGUGACCUGGUCUUUGAUGCAUCCUCUCACGUGCUGCUGGGAGUUGGCCAAGCACCAAAUCGCGGCUUGAAAGUGGGGCAAACCGUGAAGCUCACUGCUGUGAUCAAUCGACCUGAGUUGAAUGGCAAAAUUGGAAGGAUCACCAAGGUGAAUGGAGCAGAGGUGGAUGUUGCAUUGCCCAGGGGUCUUGAACGUUUGCACCAAGACAAUGUCAUGCCUCACAACGUCUCUGUAGUUAGUCGCUCAGAGUCUUUCCCCUUGGACUUCACAGCGGUCGCGGAUACGUCCACUGUGCUGCGGGUUCUUUGGCUUGAAAGGUCACCAGCUUCUCAAACUUCUCCGAAGUCCAGGGCAAGCACAACAGGACCCUUAAGAGCCAUUGGUUGGCAAUAUGUCGGGAUGAGCGCGCGCAAGCACAACUUGGUAUCUCUUGGCGAAUUCCGGAACUUCCUGUGGAACUUGCACUUGGAGGAUUCCAACUUUGCAGUGGUGAGCAAGCGGUUUGCGCCUACUGGAAAUUACAUUGACUACGAGGAGGUGCUUUUCCUCUUGGGCCGAUCACAUCUGCGUUGCAAAGAAGUGCCGAUUGAUGCGCUGAUCUACGAAGCCGUGGUCUCCAUCCUUGGGCGUCGUACAACGGCUCAUAUUGAUCGAGACCUUGGAGCAGAGGACAGAGGACUCGGGAAGAGGAAUGCCUGCAAAGAGCACUGUGCCAGCUACUUCACCUCUUUCAUCCUUGAAGCCGUGAUUUGGUCGACCAUUCUUUUUAUCCUCUUCAUGUUUUUUAUCGAUGAAUGCUUUUUGGACAUUGCGCUUGAACCCAUGAUGUUUAUUCCUGCUGCCCUUGCAUACGUCGUCUACAUCGUGCAUCUGGCCUGCUGUGUUCGUCUGACCCGAGCCUUUGCGAAUCAAACCGAAGGCAUUGAAUCUGUCAUGCUGUUGAUGGACAAACCGCGUCAUGAGAACCCACGCUACAAUUGGCAUGUCCAGUGUUACCACUAUAGGACGGAAAGGAGGACGAGGAGAAACAAGGAUGGAAAGACUGAAACCUACACUGAGCAAGUGAAAGUCAUUACUCAUUCCGCUAGUGCUUCUGGCACCAUUCCUUCAGAGGACUUGACUUCCGAGUUUCUUCCGAAUACCAUGGCAACACAGACGCAGAUUGAAACAAAGUUGGAUCUGGAUUUCUCCAGCAGCAACUAUCUCAUUGAGUACAACCGCUGGAAGAACUUCCACCGACGCGAUGUGUAUCAGGACAGCAGCCAUGCUGAAAACCUGCCCUCCAGGGUAGGGAGUUGUUUGGCAGUUUGGUCACAAAGGAACAUGCCCUGCUGGCUGAAUGCCGGUUGCUAUUGGUUGGCAAAUUUGUUUGAUUUUUGGCUGUUGCAGUCCUUCGACUACGUCGACCGCACACAGGCCAUGAGCUUCCUGUACCGUUUGCUGGCGCAAUCUCGAGUCGGAAAGCAGGAGUAUGUCUACGCGAAGAGGUGCUUCAAUAUUGUGUGCUUUGGCCAAAAUGCUGCCAGGGUGGUCAUCGAAGGACUACGUGGACGCGACACCAUUUUAUCUCUGAAAAAGAAACUCAUCGAGGACGGAUCAAUUGACGAACGAUCGCCUCGAAUUUUUCUUCCUCCCCAUGAGUUACAGGAUGAGACACGAUUGGGUGAGUGCUAUGUGCAGUGGCCGGGCUUCGGCCUGGACAGUUGGCCACCAAAGUUUGUGGCCAAGCAGAAGCUAAAGGGCUUCGAGAUGAUAGUGAACAUAACCGCGAUGGAUAACGCAGUCUGGGAGAUUGUGAAGGGCAAGAGAAAACUCAAGAAGUUCUGUGCAAGGCGUUUGGUCUUGGACUUGAACGAAAACACCACGGUGGGAGAGCUGAAAGCUCUCAUCGAGCAAUAUGUUGGCAUUCCAUUUGGUAGGCAGAUCCUUUCAGCGGAAGUGGAUGGAACCUUCUUCGGAAGCGCUGAAGGAGAAAGCUACAUCGUUGAUUUGGACGAGGAUUCCUGUUCUAUGGAGCAACAUGGAAUCGAUAGGUUUGGACGCAUCAUUCACCUCAGAGUGAACAGGUUCGAUUGCAAUGGUGACUUUGACUUCGCACAAGCAAAUUUUCUAGAAGAAGGCUUGUGUCAGCUCUUGAACGCUUUUCGGGAAGCUGAAAUCUGCCAAGGUGUACAUACUAUCCAUGGAGAACGUUUGCCUGUUGACGAGGUUGAGUUGGAGGAGGACCCUUCGGAUAGACCUGCCAUGACCUGCGGAAAAUCUGUGGAAGAACCAACUGGGGCUGCUCCAGAUCUGAAGCGCACUCCACAGGGCCUGCUUCAGACUGGAGCUGGUGAAGCGCGCCAGACCUCCAGGCAUCGUCGAUCAACUAGGCGCUUGGACCAACACUUGAAGUCUGUGCGCACGCGCCGACAUCGCUCCAAACGCAGCUUUCACCAGCAGUCAUCGAACAAGUCCAGCGCCGCCGAUCUAGCGAGUUCUCAGAUAUUAGCUUCUCAACAUUCGGUUGCAGAGCGCUUCAGUGUCUUGGAUCUCACUUCGCAGGCCACUCAAAAGGCCACCAUGCAGCGGCUCUUCGGGCGACACCUCUCAGAGGUUGAGCACAUUAGCCAUGUCAGAGCAAUUGCAAAGUCUAACGGUAGUCAUGGAUGGGAUUUGGUCACUCCCGCAGAUGGUGUCGAAGCUGACUUGACGCCUGCGGAGAAGAACGUCGGGCCUAGGUAUGUGAAGCUGACAGAGGAUCAGCGAAAUCAGAUCAAACUCUUAGAGCAGGAGCUUGAUAAUGAGCAGCAUCCAAAUGACAGCGGCCUACUAGCCCCUUUGGCAGAGCAGCCGAUGCUGAUGGCGAUGGCUGGUGGGAUUGGUGCUUCAGUGGGAAACACGGGCAGCAUCAACUUUGACCGGGACCUGAUUCAUCGAAUGAAGAUGCAGGACUUGGUGGUGAUGUGUCUGCUUAUGUUUGUUUACUUUGCCACUCUAUCCUUCAGUGCGUGUCUUGCCCACAGACAGGCCGCCAAUCGCUCGCGCGUGAAAUUCUAUGCCGAUCCGAGGAUGUACAUCAACACAGCUGAUCAAGGCGGAGAGGAAGCUUUCCUUGAGGCGUUUAACCAACAGCCAAAGCAGGUUCAAUUGAGAGUGACUGGUUAUCUGCCAGUCGCGAACAAUUUUCCUGGCUCCUUCUUCUGGAGAGAUGGCCUCUAUGCAGUCGCUUUUUCCUUUGCCCUGGACUUGACGCCAUGGGUGGUCCGCGGAAGUCCCGAUGAGCCCACCGAUACUGAUGAAGAGGAUAGUGGCGAGGUUGGAGUUGUUACAGAGGAUUUCAAGAAGUUGCAAAAGUACCUGGCAAAUGACACCAACGACUUGAGCAUUGUUCAAAUGCAGAAGCACAUUCAAUGGAAGUGCUGGGAUGAACUUGCCAUGAACAUCAAACAUCAAAUCCGACAGAGCGGCUUCGAAGGAGUCCUCAAUAUCGAUCGCACGGAGAUGGAAGAGAUGUGCGUUUACAAGAACACGCAAUGGGCCAACUUUAUGCACGGCAAAGCAUUGAAGGUGCUAUUGGCGCUCAGUGUAGUGGGAUGGGUCUUCUAUGUGCCAUACAUGUGGAUUCGUUGUACCUACAUGCCUGUCCGAUGCUCCCACUACAUCAACAUUUCCAUUAGUGACUACUGGCAAUAUAUUGCCGAGGGGCUUAGUGCCAACGGCUUCCUUGCUGGCGAAGCACCUCAGAUGAUUUUCCCUGCACAACUCCAUCAGGAAUCCUCGGAGGAACCACACUCUGAUUGA